GGGAGGAGGGAGCAACACACACACACACACACACACAAAACACAAGAGCCGCAAGACGGGGUGAGGUCUCAGUCAGCAAAGACAGAGAAAUCAGCACAGUGAGAGAGGGAGUCCUUCCUCUUCUGUCAUGAAGUGAGGAGCCCUGCUGUGCACGAGGACGCGUCUUGCUCUGUGUUUUUGUUCCGGUGAAGGAGAAAACAAGAAACGCAGGAUCACCGGGGAUGGAGAGGCAGCGCUGACGGAGAUUCCCGAGCUCCCCUGAUAACAACAGGUCUUGUUCGCCGAGUCCUCAUCUUCCUCAAUCUUUAAGCAACCGACUUGAGAGCUGGAGCCGAGACGAUCAAGCAUGGAUGUGCCCAGGAUGGCCGAGGGCCUCUUCAGCAGCACGCUGUCCUCGUCGGGCGGCGGCCAUCACGUGCCUUCGUACCUGACGUUGGAGCAGAAGGCCGCGUUCGUCUUCGUGCUGCUGCUCUUCAUCUUCCUGGCCCUGCUCAUCGUGCGCUGCUUCCGGAUCCUGCUGGACCCUUACCGCAGCAUGCCCUCGUCCAACUGGACUGAUCACACCGAGAAGGACACAUUCGAUUACCGCAUUGUUUGAAGAACACACUAAGUAGGAGGAUAAAGACUUGAUUUAUGAUUAUAAAGCACUUUGGCCCCUAAGAUCCAAUGACUGCGGAUUCACCUGGAAAACAACAGCUUUCAGAAUCUUCUGAAACAUGGGCGGUUCAUUGUUGAAAUGAGCGCCAUCCAUCAGCUUCUCCCUGCCAAAUCAGAAAAAUAUCAACCACUUAAAAACAACCAGAGCUAUGCUAAGAAGAUGAAUAGAUCAAUGCACCAACCACCAUGACCCUCAAUCUAAGAAUUGCACCACAGCUGGUAACGGUUACCCAUAAUCCCCUUUCCCUGGCCAUUAGUUUUCUUGUGGACUACCUCGUUUCUCCUCCAUCUCAUGUGCGAAAGACUUUUCUCACAUCUCAUACAGGGUCAAAUACGUUUUAUAAUCCAAGACUCUUGGAUCAAAAAACAGUGUUUACAUCUUUUCAUGUUUACGUCCUUAUAUUUUUUAUUGACAAUGUAGACAAUCAGUGUUUGAAAUAGUUUGUGAAAAAAAAAACGGGCAGAGUAAAUCGUUGGGGUUGUUGAGGUCUAACGUUUGAGAGUAUUUUUGUCUUAUGUUGUGGAGAGGAGAGAUUUUUAAUGUGCAAACCAUUCAGGCAAAGAUGAAUUAAAUGCCUUAUGUCUUUGUAAGAUACUCCACGGUGGUCGUUUCCUUCUUGGACGGUGAUUCAAACUGGAACCGAAACAGGUAAACAAUCAAAAAGCAAGGAAACCAGGGUGGAAGAGUUCUCCCUUUAAUGCUCUGGAGAGGUUUGGAGUGAUAGAUGCCAGAGGCGAGUUACUUCAACUGUUCUGUGUGUGUGAAAUAAAAAACAAUGUGUCGUUUGAGGGACCCAGAGUGUCCGUGUCUUUUAGAUAUCAACAACCAAACGAGGUAUUGAAGAAAAAAAGAGUUUACUGUGCCGUACCUUGUGCCUAAUUUGAAAAAAAAGAUUGAUGUUUUAGGAAAAAGAACGACAAUGGGUCCAUAUUUUUGUCUUUAAAUGUAGUUUUUGUGUGUGUUUGGUGCCCAUUUGAAAAAACUAACAGCAUUUUACUGCCUGCAUUUGACAUAUUGACAGUUGGUAUGCCAGAUAUGCAGAGAGUUGAUGAUGAAGAUGAUGCAUUUUCUCGUCAAACCCUUUAUGACCUGAUGUUGUGGCUCUUUCGUUGGGCAAAUUUUUCAACUGUGCGCCUUAUAGUGUAGACUGUUUACAGUAUCGUAGGUAGCAGAGACACUGGGAGUCAGCCAGUCACUGAUGCGACUGUGUCUCUGCACUUCACGGAGAUGUCAUACAAACCACUAAAAAUAAGAAGAAGAAAAGAAAAAAGAAAACAUUCCCUGCUAUCAAACCUGCCGGGGAGGACAAGAAGUGGACUCUGAUCCUUUCACCAACAUGUGAUGUUCUUGUGAUCUGCUGUGGCCUUUUCCUACCUAUUGCAGACGUUGUGCUGAGGUGAUGUGUGUUUUUCUUUUUUUAAUUUUGGUUUUCCAGCAUGUGUUUCUUACAGAGUGCUGUCUCUGUGCAUGAUAUAUGGUGAAGUGCUUUAAUCCUGGUGUUGUAGCUGUGGGUCAGUUGCUCAAGCAGCUAUUGGAGUCUUUUUGUUUUCGAUCUGUUUUAUCGCCUGGAGCCGCUGUUUUGUUCUGUUUUGUAAUAAAAAUGAUCAGAGUACA